UGACGCACUUCCGGUGGCGCCCUUCCGGCUCGGGCCGGGGGCGUCUGGGCGUCUCCAGCCGGCGCGGGAAAGGUGUCGGUUUUCCUGAAGAGGCAGGGGGCGACGAGGGACGUGCGUCCGCGCGGAAGGAAUCUAAAUUUCUUAAAGAAGACCUGGCUGAUCUAGUUUCCUGGUAUUCCUUUUACUUAAGACAGUGCCUAAUAUCCGCCCUCAUGCAGGAUGCUGUGUUCUCUGCUCCUUUGUGAGUGUCUGUGGCUGAUAACUGGUUAUGCUCAUGAUGAUGACUGGAUUGACCCCACAGACAUGCUUAACUAUGAUGCUACUUCAGGAACAAUGAGAAAAUCUCAGGUGAAAUAUGAUAUAUCAGAGAAAAACGAAAUCAGUUCCGACUUGUCAUAUGCUGAUGAAUUGUCAGAAUGUUACAGCAAAGUUGAUUCUUUAACUCAUGAGAUUGAUGAAUGUGAAAAGAAAAAGAGGAAAGACUAUGAAAGUCAAAGCAAUCCUGUUUUCAGGAGAUACUUAAAUAAGAUCUUAACUGAAACCAGAAAGCUCGGACUUCCUGAUGAAAACAAAGGUGACAUGCAUUAUGAUGCCGAGAUUAUACUUAAAAGACAAACCUUGUUAGAAAUACAGAAGUUUCUCAAUGGAGAGGAUUGGAAACCAGGAGCCUUGGAUGAUGCCCUAAGUGAUAUUUUAGUUAAUUUUAAGUUUCAUGAUUUCGAAGCAUGGAAGUGGCGAUUUAAAGAUGCCUUUGGAGUGGAUCCAUAUAAUGUGUUGAUGGUGCUUCUGUGUCUGCUCUGCAUCGUGAUAUUAGUAGCUACCGAGCUGUGGACGUAUGUUCGUUGGUACACUCAGUUGAAACGUGUUUUUGUCAUCAGUUUUGUCUUCAGUUUGGGAUGGAAUUGGAUGUAUUUAUAUAAGGUAGCCUUCGCACAGCAUCAGGCCGAAGUUGCCAAGAUGAAGCCAUUAGACAAUGUGUGUGUUGAGAAGAUGGACUGGACUGGAAGUAUCUGGGAAUGGUUUAGAAGUUCAUGGACCUAUAAGGAUGACCCCUGCCAAAAAUACUAUGAGCUCUUAUUAGUCAACCCUAUUUUGUUGGUCCCACCAACAAAGGCACUGGCCGUUACAUUCACCAACUUUGUGACGGAGCCGCUGAAGUACAUUGGAAAAGGGUCUGGUGAGUUUAUUAGAGCGCUCAUGAAGGAGAUCCCAGUGAUCCUGCACGUUCCGGUGCUGAUAACUGUGGCGUUAGCUGUCCUGAGUUUCUGCUAUGGUACUGGAAAAUCACUUAGUAUGCUGAGACCUUUAGGUGGUCCUGAAAGAGAACCGCCCCGGCCACUUCAGCCAGAUGAUAAGAGACCCCUUGGUGGAGCAGGUGAUGCAGAUUUCUAUUAUAGAGGCCCUUAUGACAGAACAUAUGAGGGUAGAAGAGAUGUUUUGAGAGAGAGAGAUGUUGACUUGAGACUUCAGACUGGCAAUAAGAACCCUGAAGUACUCCGGGCCUGUGACUUACCAGACGCAGAGGUGAGAGAGCAUCCCAAGGUGGUACCCAGUCCCAAAGACAUUGGUGGAAUCCCAGAAGAAAGCAGUACUAAAAGCAGCCAGUUGACUAAGCCUGUCUCUGGCCAAGAGGUGUCAGAGAGUGUGGAAGGUUCACCGGCAGUGGAAAAGGCCCAGCUCAGGACUGAUGCCAGAGGCAGCCCAGAGGAAGGCAGCGCUUCCAGCCCAGCAAGCACUGCGGUGGGAGCAUGCGGAAAGGAUCGGGAUGGCGGCCCAUGUGGCUAGAGGAACACAGACUUGGACCACAGCUCUGAGGUCAUCUUUGAGUUUUGUAAAGUAUACUCUUCACAACUAUUUACUCUUCUCUACAGAGAUUCUGAUAUUUACUACACAGGUGCCAACUUAUUAGUAUUUUUACUGACAAUGAGAAUUAACAAACACAUGUAUUUCUGUUUAAUCUCAUCUUCCAUCUGUUUAAUUUCACUUUCUCUUUGAUAUUAAGAUACAUCCCAUAAAGUUUUGAAGUGUUAAUUUGGGAACAAGAUCUCAUAGGUGAACAUAUGGCAGACAUCACUGAUUCUGAAUAAUUAAGGAGGCCAGUUUGAAUUAGAGGACAUUGAAAAAGAAGUUUUAUUGUUUACAGGCAUAUAUAGGAACUAACUAACCAAAGUGUGUACUUGUGGAAGUCCUGUAAUACCCACUUUAAUUAACAGAAUAAUUAGUUGUGCACUGGAUUCAAAAUGUUUCCAAAAGUGGUAGGUAUUCAAAAACAAUGUGGGCUUUUUUUGCUGAGGGAGAUUUGCCCUGAGUUUAUAUCUGUGCCAGUCUUCCUCUAUUUUGUAUGUGGGUCCCCACCACAGCAUGGCCACUGAUGAGUGGUGUAGGUCUGUGCCCAGGAACCAAACCCAGGCCACUGAAGUGGAGCAUGCUGAACUUAACCACUAUGCCACAGUGCCAGCCUCUCAAAAAACAAUUUUUGAGGAAAGUCCACUAUAGUCAAGAGUGCCCUCUCUUCAUGCACUUCAGCAUCUUAAGGCAGCCACAGAGGCUACAUCACCAGCGUCAGUUUGUCUCUGUGUAGGCUGCCCACGGAUCAAGUGGCUUUGUACUAUCAUACCGUACCUUCAUCUCUCAACUCUUGGCAGCUAUUACUGGGUCUGCGUUCCUAUCACCCCUUUCACUUUAUCUUUAGAUAAGACAGAACUGAAGCCUGCCAGGGGAAUUUAGAUAACAUAGCUUGUUAACUCAGUAAUCUCAGUUUUUCGCAGUUAACAGACCUAUUUUCCUUGCUACUCAGAAUCCCAGCAGUUGAGACUGUUAGAUGUUACUGUGUCCUUUUUAUAUUAUAGCAAACCAUACUGUCCAAGUCACACGAAGUUCUGACUUUUAGAGAUCUAUACAUAGAGAAUACUCUGAUAAGGAAAACAGACUAGGGUGUUUUUCUUAACUAGACAGGUGAUAUAAUCAACAUUUUUAAAUAUUCUGAUUUUAAAAACUAUUCCUCACCGUAAAUCUUUUUUAAAAAGCAGUUUAUGAAUCUUGCACAUGUACCUGGCUGGGAAGAUUUCACAUUCAGGUGUCCUUUAAACCUUCACACUACAGGCUGUGUCCAGCUGCUUACUAAAAAUGAUACCAGUCAGGAAUAAUCUUAACAUUUUCAUGCAGGCUUUUGUUUCAGGAAAAAAGACACAUUCAAAGCAUCUACUUUUUGAUAUAUUUUUUACAUGAAUGCAGAAUACCCCUUUUUGACUCCUAGAAGCGUCACUUAGAUGCCCUUAACAAUUUUACAUGUUAAUAUUAGUUUCUAGCUUAAUAUUGCAAACAUCUUUAGUAUUUCAUUAGAAAGGUAAUAAUUUUUUCCAAAAAUACAAAAGGAUUUUAUAUAAAAAUCUGUAACAGUAGGUAUGUAACAAGUGAACUAAUGAGAGGAUGUUUGUGUUUGGAAUAGAUCUGUGCACAUCGGUAUGUAUGAAGUAGUCCUCUGUGGGGGUAGACCUGUUCACACUGAUCGGUGACUAUGCUCCCAGGGUGGGAGUUCUCCUCUGAGCUGUGAUCUGAUUCUGAAGAGAAAUACAUGCACCAGGUGUUAAACUAUGAGAGUAGGCUUAUUGCUCUUUGCCUUCCUGCUUUUUCUCAGUCCCCAAAUGGAUCUUUAAAAAAAAAAAUAAGUAAAAUUUCAUCUUUGUAUUCUUUUAUUACAGAUAACCAUUUGGGGAUGAAAUCUACUUUGACAGCUAGCAAGGCAACAUGCUACUGCUGUUGAAUGAUCACAGCAAUUCAGGGAAGACUUAUUAAAGCAAACUGAACAUACCAAGGCCAUUUUAUAACUAGAAGAGAUAGGCUUGUUUAUUGUCCAGCCAAUAUUUAUCAUUAAAAUCAAGGAUUACAGUGACAAGCUUUUAGGAAAAUCAGAAUGGGGUAGACAGCUUUUAAAAGCAAUUUUUAAAUGGAAUAAUGUUCAAUGUUUACAGGGUCUAAGGAAUACCAUAUAUACAAAAUAAACAUUUAUUUUUACCUUAC